AUGAACUAUACCAAGAACACUGGCAAUCUUUUCGAUGCGCACUGCCAUCUUUCCCCCGUGGUAACGAAGCAACGAUUUUCUACGUUGAAAGAAGAGCUUCAAAAGAAAUUAUUGCAGGAGCCAAGUGAUGGCUUUAUAUUCAAAUACCCAUGCUUAAAUAUGAUGUCGACUAACUUCAUCGACUAUAAACUAGUGCAUGAGCUUUCAAAGGAAUUUCCAGGGUUUGUGAAUCCAAAUUAUGGUGUGCAUCCUUGGUUUUGUCACCUUUACACUUUCGUGGACUACUCCAAGGAUGAGAACGCACCUCUCAGUUCCACACAGGUCAAAAGACUUCACUACAGCUCAAUACUUCUACCGCACAAGGAUAUUUCUGACCAACUACUCGAAGCAUUACCGGUUCCUAUUUAUAUUUUUGAUUAUCUAAAAGAGGUUGAAGCGCUAUUGCAGGAGAAUCCGCUGGCGGGAAUAGGUGAAAUCGGUAUAGACAAAUCAUUUAGAUUACCCAUGUGCGGCUAUUUGGGUUCGGAACAAUGCCUGGAAUGGAUAGACGACCCUUUUUUGAGAACGAAAAAUCCCCAAGAACAGGAAUUAAGACACAAAUGGUCGCCGUUCCGCACAGAUAUGGACCACCAGAUCCGCGUGGUUGAGGCCUUUCUUGAUCUGGCUAAACGAUUCAGAAGACCUGUCAGCCUUCAUUGUGUGGGAAACCACGGUAAGCUCUUCGACUUGUUGAAGAAAGUGUUCAUAGAUGAUACCUCCACCAACAACGGCUAUAGGUUCUCAUCCAUAGACUUGCACUCCUAUUCAGGUUCCAUCGAACAAACCAGAAUGUAUACUCGGAUGUUUCCUGGAAUCAAGUUUAGUAUUAGCAGCGUCUUGAAUCUCAAAAGAUACAGAAACCGCUUAGAUGAGAGUCUCAAGAGCGGACACUUGACUCCCAAAAAUCUUCUACUAGAAACCGACUUGGGUUUGGAUGCAUUGUAUUGGCCUCAGAAAGAGGAGGAUGGAGAAGACCGUUAUGAAUUAUUGGUCAGUAGAAAGACGGGUUCUCUAGACAGACACACGGAGCUUCUCAGUUCUACGUUAGAACAGAUAUAUGAUCUCGAUUCGCGAGUGUCGCUUCAGACCCUUAAUGAUAACUACCGUGAAUAUCUAAACUUGGUCACAAACUGA